GUUUGGUAAAGAUGGCGGCGCCCAUGGAGCUGGUGCUGAGCGCGGAUUCAGCUGGACAGGUGGCCAAUUGCACAGUGUGGGACCCGCUGACCGGUUCUGUGUUGCUCACCUAUCGUGGGGGAAACACCGCUGGGCGCGGGCUUGCGGUGCUCGGUGGGCAAUAUCUGCUGGGAGCGCAGCUGGGAAAGAACUUUAUUAACGUGUGGGAACUGCAGAGAAAGGAUCAGCUGCUGCAGAAGAUUGUGUGUCCCGGACCAGUGACAUGUCUUGCCGUCUCUCCAAAUGGGCUCUAUCUGGUGGCUGGAAUCUCAGAGAGUAUAUAUUUGUGGGAGGUGUACACUGGGAAUCUCCUUGCCAUUUUGAACAGUCAUUACCAGGAUGUUACAUGCCUGACGUUUACGGAUGACAGCAGCCAUAUUCUGUCUGGAGCUAAGGACAGCUUAGUUCUGGUGUGGAGCCUUUACAGUGUCUUGCAGGCAGAGACUUCUAGGGGGCCUGAACCUCGUCAUGUCUGGUCACGUCAUAGUCUACCCAUAACUGACUUGCAGUGUGGAAUUGGCGGUCCACAGGCCAGAGCAGUCACAUCUUCUCUAGACCAGACAGUCAAGCUUUGGGACAUUUCCUCUGGGGACCUCUUGCUUUCUGUGCUUUUUGAUGUCCGAAUUAUGUCAGUGACCUUUGACCCUGCUGAGUAUCACCUGUUUUGUGGGGGUAGUGAUGGAUCCAUAUUUCAGGUGGACCUCUGUGCUUCGCCAGUACAGAGGGAGAAGACUUUCCAUUCAGAGCUGGAGAAGGUGUUUAGAGGACACAGGAACCAGGUAACCUGUCUGUCAGUAUCGCUGGAUGGCAGUAUGCUGGUGUCAGGAUCCAAUGAUGAGACUGUGUGUGUAUGGGACAUCCAUAGCAAGCAAUGUCUCCGUACGGUCCCCCACAGAGGUCCUGUGACAAACGCCUUCAUCAUGCCAGCUCCAGCAAACAUGUUGCGAGCUGACAGCAAGCCGAGCUUUCCUCUCCCACGCUUUAGCAAACACCUGCAAGGAGCUGAGGGCUGUGAAGGGCCAGAUAGUGGAGGAGUCACACUUCGGCUUGGUAGACACCAACUGGGGUCAGAAGACACUUACUUGCAGCGAGCAGCACAACUGCACACCCUACUGGGUGAAAGUGAGGGCAAGAAUCUGUCUGGACUUGUGGAACAACUCCGUUCACGAACAUCAGAGCUGGAGGAGGAGUUGAACAUGGUGCGGAAAAUUAAUAAGGAUCUCUUUGAUUUUUCGACCAGUAUCAUUACAAAGCAGUGACAUUUGUGUACUUGGAAAUACAUGUGCACAAAAGGUCAAGGUGCAUUCUUGCACCCAACCAUAUACAUUUUAGAGGUGCAGAUUAUUGCAUACACAGGAACCUAAUUAUGUGUUUUUUUUCAAACACAUAAUACACACAAGCCCAUUGUGUGUGUGUGUGUGUAAAUAUGUGUAAUUAUUUCUUUUUUUCAUUCAUUACAUAAAUAGGUGUCUACAGAUUCCUAUAUUUUUUUUUGUCUAGCCCUUUUUUAUGUAAUAAAACAAUGCCUUUAAAACAACUA